AUGGAGCCACGCCGAACUCGCUCGAGAGCUGCGCGCAGCCGACCUCGUGAGGAGGUGGCCCAUACAAUCCCAGACCAGCCUCGCCAAUUCACGCUUUGGUGCUUGAAUGAAGACACGGAUGAUUCGGGCGAGGUUGUUCAUAGAUACAAACCGGAUCGCAGUUUUUGCAAUGUCAGCAUCUCCCUUCAGCUAGCCUCCGCCAAACACAAUCCAUGGAUUCCGAAAGCCGCCAGGUGGAAGGAGUUGCAGAGGUCUUUCCCGGGAUUCCUCAAGACCAGCAACCCAACCCAAGAUACUCACCAGUCUCUUUUGACGAGCCUUAUUGCGACAGCAUCCGACGAGAAAGAAGAGCACGGCGCCAUCCGAGGUUGGGAUCAGGUCAGAAAGCAUCUCGAGUAUCGGGAUUUGCACAGAGAGUUCGAGUUGGACCCAACCAGAGACCUGCUUGUGAUAAUCCUCAUGGACACCGGAUUUCCAUACAAAUCAUCGAUAACCGAGCAGUACGACAAAAUCGAAGAAUAUUUGCGAGUGAUCAAUUCCGGACGCACGAUAGUCUAUCCGAGCAGAGAGGAAAGGACUGCAUCGGAAUACAAAGUACAGGACAUUCACGCCCUGGACACGAUUGCUGAGGCUCAAAACACGUGGCGUCCUGUCACUUGUUUUGGCGUCGGCGAGUGUACGCUGGUUGGCACCAAAGACAUCGUCAAGAGAGCAUGGAGUUGCGCUUCAGUUCACACGAUAACCGACGGGACGCACUCUUCGAAACUCACUUGUGGUCAGUCCAGGCGCCAGAAAGUUUGCGUGAAGAACAAGCAGACGAUGGUUGCAGAUAUCGACGAGGAUCGCGAGGAGGUUUGGUUCCAUCAGGAGUAUGUCAAACCGCUAGCAAGCGAGGAACUGCGCGUUUUCAUCGCCACCCGGCCAGAUCCAAGGGGGGCUCGAGGUCUGCUGGGGGAGGUACUACGUGUCUGCCACACCAUCAGCGAGGAGAAGGACGACAUCGUCGCAACUGAGGCCAUGGAAGGUACUUAUGCGAGCCUGGGAACGACAAAAGAUGCAGUCCAUAAUUUCGCCCUCGGCGUGUUUGAAGCCCUCCGAGACCCUGAGUUUGGCUGGUUCGGGCGAUUUGAGUCCCUGGAGGUAGGCUGCCGACUCGACAUCUCAGUCAAUGAGGUGGGCGGCACGCUCUUUGUGAACGAGAUUACGAGGUGGAAUGGAGCGCACUACUUCUCGGAUUUUUGCACUGGCGCUCCUCACGCACUCAUGUGCAACGCUUACGCAACUGCUAUGGGGCGUUACGUCGGGGCUCUUGGUAAGUGA